AUGCCACCAGCAGUUGAGGUUGUAUACGCGGGGGUAUCGGAGCUCGUGGUUACAGAUUCCAUAGCUCGGUUUGCGAUUGUCGUGCGGAACGUGUCCGACCUAGUCAGCUUCUUCGAGUGCCAGCUUGCCCUCGCGCCCUCUCAUGAUAAAUCAACUGCAGUUCCAGACCUUGUACUUCAAAAACUGAUUGAAUACCGUAACUCGUAUAACAAAAAAUUCGCGGCUGUUGCACUUCCGCGCUCGUUGGCGGACCAAUGCCCUUCCCUCUGCCUCCGUCUCUGGAAAGAACUGGAUAGUGUUCCGUAUGUAAUCGCAAAAGAACCGCACCAGAGAACACGCGCGGACCAGGGAGAGCUGGCGACAUUUGCUGGGUGGGAGGAAAAGCAGAUCGACGAGCAGGCGGACUCGCUCGCCAGGAAGUGCAUAAGAUCAUUUGGCAUCGGACAUGUCAUGCCUGCUGCUCAGCUUGAUUUGCACGGCAUGGUUACGAACUUCCGAGUGUCCUUUGUGGACGAGACUGAUUACCAACGGACUGUCGGAAACCGUACAUGGUCCCUAGUGCAGAAUUACGCCGAUGAUCUUCGAAAGAGAAAAGUCAAAGUGGCCUUCUUUAGUAGCACAACUCACGGAAGGCCAGAUGUAUCUACGCGCCAUGCGCUCAUUCGCCUAGCGCAGUGCUUGGGAGUCGAUUUCCAAUGGUACGUUCCUCGGCCACGUCCACAGCUCCUUGAUAUUAUCCGAAGGGUGCAGAGGAUCCUCCAUUGCGUCGAGGCCCCAUCGCAGCCUCUUAGUGCCGACGAGGAGCUCGGCAUCCUAGAGUGGGUUUACAAGACCGCCAAGCGAUACUGGCUCACCAAGGGAGGCCCUCUGCUACCGGCUUCCGACGGUGGAGCAGACGUGGUGGUCAUUAGUGAUGCAAUCCUGUCUUCGCUAGCCCUAAUUGCAAAGCAGUCGGAUCCAUGGCGCCCUGUGGUUUUUGAGAAUCGUUUACACGUCCACCACUGGGCUGAAGACCGCGACAACGACGAUAACCGCAGAAGAUGGGAAAAUCAAACGUUAGAGUUCCUACGUGCACGGCUGAAACAUGUGGACCUGCUCGUUUCCCAGGAACCAAAAGCCUUCGCUCCAAGUCUCCUGCCGAUGAAGCAGGUGGGCUACAUACCGGUGGCGAUUGAUCAGAUCGACGGCGUAAAUAAACCCUUACAAGACUGGGACAUUUCCUUCUACGGCCGCGAAUUGAAUGCGAUUUGCAGGAGUGCAGGCAAGCCAGUACUCGAUUACCCUUACAGACGCUACUUCAUUCACCUGGUACAGCUUCUCCCCGACGAAGGUACGACCCGCCUUUUGGACAGUUACAAGGCCUUCUACCAUCAAUACCGAGCUGAGAACCCAAAUGCUUCGGUCCCCUACUUCCUGAUCUGUCACUACAGCUCCACGAACACUCCCGAUACGGACCAAGUGCACGCCAAUCUCCUCACCCACAUCCAGUCCCACAUGCCAGACCUCGAGGGCCUCAUCUCGAUCAUCCGGCUCCGACCACCAGAGCAACUGUGGAACUCGCUUGUCUCACAAGCACUCGCCGUGGUGCAACUUCGCGACUACGAAGGAAUCCCCGAGAUGCUGCUGGGUGCUGUCCAGAAGCGGACACCUGUCAUCGUCAGCAGGGAGUUUGCGUACUAUCCAUUUCUGCAGGAGAGCAAUGGUGCCCUCGUUUUCGAGUACAAUGAGGGUAACUCGCUCUCGCAGUAUUUACUUGAUGUCGUUAAAGGCGAAACUCAGACUGAGAAGCACGCAGCAGCUAAAACGAGGCUCGAAGACAGGGCGACCACGGUUGGCAAUGCUUUGUGCUGGUUUUUCCUGACUUCGGAAUUGUCGAGGGGGGAGAAGGUUGAGCCGGCGGGAGAGGACAUUUAUGUGAUGGCUGAAAGGAAAGACUUGUAG